GGUGAUUCCCCUCUACUCAGAGACUGAUUUAGUGAUUCUCCUCUAAUCAGGGACUGAAUUAGACCUGGGACACCAGGUGGGUGAUUCCCCUCUACUCAGAGACUGAUUUAGUGAUUCCCCUCUACUCAGGGCCUGAUUUAGACCUGGGUUAUAUUAGUAAUCAGGUAGAAGUGAAAACUGCAGAGUUCGUAGGGUCAGAGUUGAAUACCUACAGUAUGUUGGUUUCAUCUAAUAUGAGGAUACAGAGGAGACGAGGAGAAGUGACUAUAGUCUACUAAGAGACAGCCCAGCUAGCGGUUUGUGGUCUGUGACUCAAUUCCUGUCAGAGAGAGACGCUGAGGAGAAACAUACUUUACUUUCGUCUCUACACGUGUGACAGACUUGGUACUGUCCAAACCCAUAAGGUGAUAAAUCAUCAAUAUGCCAUCGAUCUGCAUUCAGAUCUAUGUCCUGGGCCUCCUGGUGCUGGUGGGGUCCAGAGCAGAGGAAGUUUCUGUUGAAGGCAGCAUAUCCAUCAACUCCACCUCCACCCCUACUGAUACCCCCUCUACAGCCAGCCUGAGCCCCUCUACAGCCAGCCUGACCCCCUCUACAGCCAGCCUGAGCCCCUCUACAGCCAGCCUGACCCCCUCUACAGCCAGCCUGACCCCCUCUACAGCCAACCUGACCCCCUCUACAGCCAACCUGUCCCCCUCUACAGCCAGCCUGACCCCCUCUACAGCCAGCCUGACCCCCUCUACAGCCAACCAGACCGCCCAGACUACAUCGUCAGGGUUGACAGCCCUCAGCCAAUCACAGGGCAGGGAGACCACUGCGACCACGGAAACCACAACAUCAUUACCAGUUUCAGCUACAAGAGGAAGUGACAUUGCAGGCUAUGUAAUCCUGUUUCUCAUAUUGUUGGCUGUUGUGUGUCUGGUGGUGAUUCUCUAUAUCCUGAGGAAGAAGUCCAGGAGGUACUCGUUUGAUCUGCAGUAUCCAGGUUAUGACCACGACACCCCCCUCACCUGCAUGGAACAACCCGGAACCUUCGAACCCAACAACGAAGGAGAGAAGCAGGCUCAUGGUGAUAGUGAUGGAGACAGCUUCAACAACUUCUGUGCCAGUGAUGUCACUCCGCCCAUAAAAAGGGUUGGCUUUAGCCUGGACCUCGACCUGAGUGACAAGGUGUUACUCGGCUCCAGCCCUGACCUUUGACCCUUGAGUGACAGGGUGUUACUCGGCUCCGGCCCUGACCCUUGACCCUGUAUGUCCAGAUAAUGUCUUCACCGAGAUCAAGAUGUACAUAGCACCUUUAUUUGAUCUAUAAAAUGUCCGAAUGUAAACGGCUCCAAAUCUGUUCUUACUUUCUGAUACUGUAAUUGAUUUUAAUAAUGUUUUGAGCGUGACAAUAUCAAGAGAGCGAUGUCACGUGGUUUUAGGAUAAUAAAAAAAGUACUUCACAGAGGA